AUGGCUAAUCUUUUAGGUUCCAUAUUAUUACUGCUUACCUUCAUCUACACUCUAUGCCUCGCCCACUCUCCCAAUCUCCGCGAAAUCCACAGAUCCCCUAACGGGACCUGGGUCGAGAAUAUCGCAGUCCGACCCGACGGCAACCUCCUAGUCGCAGUACUGAGCACAGCAGAACUCUGGGAAAUUGACCCUUCAAUUCCAUCAGGCCCCAGCUCAGCCAAUUUGGUCCACCAUUUUGACGGCGCCGAAGACGCAGAUGGUAUCACGGAGCUCUCACCAGAUAUCUAUGCAGUCAUUGCAUCCAACUCAGUCUGGACGGUCGAUCUCAAACACCACAGAAAUGCGCCGAGCCAAUUCUCAUCGCAAAACUCCCCGCUGACUAUUUGA